AUAAUAACAGAAAGACAGUGCAGUAAGGAUCAGAAGAGGUCUUCUUCGCUGCUGCAGCAUCACAUCAUAAUUCACAAGUCACCACCGCCCGAACCCGAACCCGAACCCGAACCCGAACCCGGGGACCUCUCUUUGUAGUUUCUAUUUCCUUCUUGGUUUCCUAUUACAUUAUAGCUGCGUCACAAGCUACUUCCCUCUGUAACUAACUACACACAUAUUACUGCUCUUAAUUUCUUGGUUCCAAACUAGUCGCUCUAUCUAAUUCAAGAUCUGAAAUCCACUCUUAUGGAUACUCGUAAAGAGAAAAAUGCGGCAUGGAUAUCAGUGCCGCAGUUUGGGGACUGGGAUCAGAAGGGGCAAGUUCCCGAUUACUCACUAGAUUUCUCAAAGAUCAGAGAAACUAGGAAGCAGAACAAGACUAACAUUUCAAGGGCAAGUCUUGGUAACGAAGACGAGUUCAUUAACCCAAACACCACCACUGCCACUUUAGAAAACACUACUGGCCAUAGCCACAACGAGCAUCAGCACCCUCACUACCAUCAAAACAGUUCUCACUCUCCAACUACAAGGAGAAGCUUCCUUAGCUACUUCAACUGUUGUGUGAAGGCUUAGCGUGUACAACCUUUGCUCCUGCUUUCUAAAGAUUUUCUGAACAGGCAUGGGUUAUUCUUCUGCUUAGUUUGGUGAUAAUUAUUUGGCCAUUGUACUUGAUUUUAGAAAAAUAAAAUCUUUACUUUUCAGC